UAUUUCCCCCCACCAGAAUAUGUCGUUGACCAACACAAAGACGGGCUUUUCUGUAAAGGACAUUUUGGACCUUCCUGACACAAAUGACGAAGAAGGAUCUAUCACCGGAGCGGAGGAAGACACGGAGGGAUCGGAGACCACGUCCACGACAAAAAACACUGGAGUUUUGGUGCAAAGUCCUCUAGAAAACGUUCCUAAUCUGCCUUUAAAGAACCCCUUUUAUGACAGUAGUGACAAUCCUUACACACGAUGGCUUGCUACUACGGACAGUAUUCAAUAUUCAUUGUUUCUCCCGUUUCUUGCCGCAGUGCACGGUCUAUCCGCCAGCUCUCAGGACUCGGCCAAGUCCCCGGAGCCGUCCGCGGACGACGAAUCGCCGGACAACGAUAAAGAAACUUCCAGCAGCGGCGGCAGCGACUCCGGCAAGAAACGGAAAAGGAGGGUGUUGUUUUCCAAGGCGCAAACUUACGAGCUGGAGCGUCGCUUCAGGCAGCAGAGGUACCUGUCCGCCCCGGAGAGGGAGCACCUGGCCAGCCUGAUUCGCCUCACCCCGACCCAGGUGAAGAUCUGGUUCCAGAACCACCGGUAUAAGAUGAAGAGAGCCCGGGCCGAGAAAGGUAUGGAAGUGACCCAUCUCCCUUCUCCCAGGCGGGUGGCCGUGCCCGUCUUAGUCAGGGAUGGAAAGCCUUGUCACACUCUUAAAGCUCAGGACUUGGCGGCCACUUUUCAGGCCGGGAUCCCCUUCUCGGCUUAUAGUGCCCAGUCACUCCAACACAUGCAGUAUAACGCGCAGUACAGCGCCGCGGCCACGCCACAGUUCCCAGCACAUCACUUGGUGCAAACGCAACAGUGGACUUGGUGAGAGAAAUUAUAGAGACUU